AUGGUAGCGUUGGACGUGGUUUUGCUGAAGAGCGGCGACGAACCGACUUUCAUGAGAGGAGAUGCGACAUCGAUUGUGGACCUUACAUUCAUGAGUAGCACUCUUGCAAAGGAGAACUGCUCAUGGAGAGUAACGAACAUUGAGACGGCAAGUGACCACUGCGCGAUUCCGUGGCAGGCAAAUAUUGACCAGAGAACCGCCCUAACACCAAAGAAGACCAACGGCAUUGGCUGGAGGGNUAAUUACACUGUUGACAUGACCUUUGAAACGAUCCGCUGUUGGAUGGACACAGUGGGCCUGAAGCUGGCGGAACACAAGACAGAGGCGGUGUUGAUCACCAGCAGAGAGGAAAUAGAGACGAUAUCGCUGCAGGUCGUGUCCUGUGAAAUUACCUCCCAGCCGUACAUACGAUGNGUUGAUCCUAGCUCCUUUUCAGCAGCGUUGGACGAUCGCCCGAUCAGUGGUAGCAAUGCCACUGAGAAGCUACAAAAUGUCAUGAGAAGACUGACGGAAGUUUGCGAUGCAAUCAUGACCAGAAAGCGGGCCACAAAUCGGCACCCACCGGUGUACUGGUGGAAUGAAACCAUUGCCACCCUGCGAAAAGAGUGUAAUGCAGCGCGGAGACGGUCGCAGCGUGGCCGCAAGAAGCCGAAUUCCGAGGAGUUGCANGAGGAAAUAGAGACGAUAUCGCUGCAGGUCGUGUCCUGUGAAAUUACCUCCCAGCCGUACAUACGAUGUGAUGGGUUGAUGAUUGAUGCUCAACUCAAUUUUAAGCAGCAAACCGAGCACGUGGGUGCCAAGGCGUCUGCAGNUAGUACAAAGCAAUCUUGGAGGGAACCCCUUGCUGAUGUGGAAAGCGAUACGUGGGGUGGACCAUACAAGGAGGUAAUGUCGAGACUGAAUAGUCAGCCAAUGCCGUCACCAACGUAUCCUGUGCUGAUGGAAAAAAUCGUCACGGUGUUGUUCCCGUAA